GCGCGUGCUGCCUCACCGCCUCCGCCGCUCAGCCCCGGACUCCUUACGUCAGGGUAGCUGGGUCCCCCCUCCGCGCGGGAGCCUGCGAGCAUCGGGAGAGCAGAGCACAGCGCGCCACUGAGCCCCGGCGCCCACAUUGCGCGCUCAGCCCGGCGGAGCCAGCCAGGAGGCAGAGCUGCUGAGACCGCACCGGACGCCGCACCGCACCCAGCGCUCGCCCGCGACCGCUCCCCCGACCCGAGGGGCACUGGGCUGGGUCUGUGAGCUCUCCCGCCACGCGCGCCGGGCUGCGCGGUACUCCAGAGCAGCUCCCGCGUGUUGGGCAUCGGCGCCUGGGCCCGGGCACCUCUCGGCGAAGUAGUUGAGUGCCCAGAGCAGGGGGUCGCCACGUCGGGGGCCCGGCCUGGACCGGUGGAGCCGGCCCCCGAGUGCGGGGAGCGGGGCCGCCCGCGACGCCCCACCAUUACCUCCCCGGGAGGCAAGGAGGAGCUGGUGGCGGUCGCUUCCCGGCUGUGGCAGCGGCGGCGGCGCGCUUGCCUGGCGGCCGUCGGCGUACUCCUAGCCAUGGCAAUAGGACUGCUCAUCGCCUUACCGUUGCUGCUGCAGGCUGCGCCCCCCGGCGCUGCGCACUAUGAGAUGAUGGGCACCUGCCGUAUGAUCUGCGACCCGUACAGCGCCACACCCGGCGGGGGUCCCGCCGGGGCCAAGGCGCCGCCGCCGGGACCCAGCACCGCAGCUCUGGAAGUCAUGCAGGACCUUAGCGCCAACCCCCCGCCCCCUUUCAUCCAGGGACCCAAGGGCGACCCGGGGCGGCCAGGCAAGCCCGGGCCGCGGGGGCCACCUGGAGAACCCGGCCCGCCUGGACCCAGGGGUCCCCCGGGGGAGAAAGGCGACUCAGGGCGACCUGGGCUGCCAGGGUUGCAGCUGACAGCGGGAACGGCAGGUGGUGUCGGGGUGGUGGGAGGCGGAACCGGGGGUGGCGGCGACUCGGAGGGCGAAGUGACCGGCGCUCUGAGCGCCGCCUUCAGCGGUCCCAAGAUUGCCUUCUACGUGGGUCUUAAGAGUCCUCACGAAGGCUACGAGGUGCUCAAGUUCGACGACGUGGUCACCAAUCUCGGCAAUCACUACGACCCCACCACCGGCAAGUUCAGUUGCCAGGUGCGAGGCAUCUACUUCUUCACCUACCACAUCCUCAUGCGCGGUGGCGACGGCACCAGCAUGUGGGCGGAUCUCUGCAAGAACGGGCAGGUCCGGGCCAGCGCCAUCGCGCAGGACGCAGACCAGAACUACGACUAUGCCAGUAACAGCGUGGUGCUGCACCUCGAUUCUGGGGACGAGGUUUAUGUGAAACUGGACGGCGGGAAGGCGCACGGAGGCAAUAACAACAAGUACAGCACGUUCUCCGGCUUUCUUCUGUACCCCGAUUAGGGACUUGGGGAACACGAGGGGUGGCUUCAGACUGCCCUAUGCCCCCUGGGGAGCGCUGUUCUUUCGUGAGGACCACUCACUUCUUGACACUUCCUGACAUCUCCGUUGGAAAAGACAAGUCCCUGCUGUUCUCCUUGCCCCAGACCCAACCUCAAUGUGUCUGCGAUGCAUCACUUUCAGGCUGUACACCUGGUCCCUGUCCCCAACCCGGGGAGGGAAAGGGGUAUGACUGAGUGGGAAAUGAGUGUGAAUCUGAAUCCUGGACCUUGCAGCAGUGCUCAGCACAGACUUUGUAAACCUGUGCUGAACGGAACCUGAUUGAACUGAACAGGUCUGCCGCCUGCCCUCUUCCCAUCCCCCUCCUCAUCCAAGUGCUCUGAGCCUAGGGCUGUAGCCCUGGUUAGCCAGGUAGGCCAAAGUGAGUGGGAGCUCCCGAGGGUGUCCUUUUUUGUGGCCCAAACUUGUGCAGAUUUCCUCAUCACCAACCAAAACACCAUCUGCAGCAGAACCCCAACAAAUGGAGAAUUCACAUCCCCAUUGCACUCCCAACUCAGCCACACCACAUUGCAUUAAAUGAUGUUCUUAGAUGAAUGACUCUGAUGUCUCUGUCAGCUUGGCCACUGGACCUGGGCUCCAGACGUCCACCUUGGUGUAAAGACCUCAGCUGGGUCCUCAAAAGUCCCAUCUAUGUCCUGCUUGCCAGCCAUUGCCUUGUAUCUGCCCCCUAACAAGGGUGAAAAGAGGUAGAAUAACAGCAUCCCACUAUUUGGGGGGCUCUUCCUGGGCCCACAAUUGGAAGGACCAAGCAGGAUGUCAGGGGCAGAGUGAGAGGCUGAAGGGAGGGGACCGGGAAAUCUGAUCUCCCAGCCUGUGGCAGGAGGUUAAAGGGUAGGAGUUGCCUUUUGAGGGAAGGCAGGAAAGAGGAGCCAUUUUUGCAGGAUGGGAGCUAUGAAUCAGGAUUUUGCUGGCAAGUGACAUUUGCCCCUAAAGGCAGUGCAGAAGCCCUGGCAGAAAUUGACCCACUCGAUCAUGUAGCGUACUCAGCCCUUGUCUGUCUAUUCACUCUAUCUCUCUCGAAAAGCUGGUAAACUGAGGUAAUUCUGUGGCUGGUCCAGCUUUCUGAAUUCACCUAGUACAGUGUGUCAUGUAAGAUAGACAAUUGCUCCCAGGGGAAGGGACAGCCACUUUUCUGGGGUCUUUUCUUCCUUGCACAGUGGUGUGAGGUGCCUGCUCUGAAACCCAAUGUGUUCGUUUGGUCUUCUUUCUUUACUUUCCAUGGAUGAUCCACAAACAGCUUAAGAAAACAUCGGGCUUCAAUUUUUUUCUUACUCUCGUUUUUAGGUCAUUGAGUUCUAAUAAAUAUUAUUUACAAGAAACCAGUUGGCAACCUAUAGUUCUUACUGAGCUCUUUUUAAUCAGUUUGAAGAGAAAUGUGGGUCCACAUCAAAGGUUCAUUUGUGUAAAACUGGAGACCUGCACACAUGCACACCAUGUGGACAUAAUGUUGUGGUCAUCAUCACUAAUCCGUGUUAAAUACCUGCGCACACUUAUUUACCGGUCAAUGUCAGUGUACCCUAAGACCAUUUUCACGGUUCUAUGCCUGUUCCCAAAUUGCAUUGUGCUCAACUUUCGUUCCUGGAGGAUUCUGAAAGCUGUGAUUCCCAUUUAAAAGACAAUUACACCCCCUGCCUGGAGUCCUGUUGAUGUCGUGGAUUCUUCUUUAUGCUCUUAUUUAUUUGGAAAAGGUUUUAUUGUCAUUCGCUUACAUAUUAACAAUGAUUGUAUCUGCUUUGAAUCCAGGAACAAAGUACACAAAGACAGCUAGGGGAAAAACAAAUAUGUAUACAAAUCACCAGCCCCCAGUUCUGGACCCAAAUGGAACCUCAAUUCCUCAACCCUGUCCUCCCACUCCUGACGAUUGCGGACCCCAAACCCAGUUGAGCCCAGGAACUGCAGUGUGCAAAGUUGUUCCCCAUCUACAGUUAUAUACAUAUCAAUUUCUGAAGCCUUGUUGAUUGUAUCAUCCAGAAAUGCGAUUAAAACCAAAUGUCUGAGA